GAGAUCAUGUAAAUAUUGAUUUCUACGUGUGUUUCGUUGCGAUGAUAGCGUGCUUACGUUAGCGUUAUUGAGCUUCGCAUGUUUAGGUGCCUCAUUGCAUUCAAUGUUAUUUUACCUAUUAACGGGGAUGCGUCCGAUUAUGUUUACGUUUGUGAAAGCAAACUGGUUUAUCAAGAUACAAUAUGACGUUGUCCGUGUAUGUUUUACUUCAUCCUCGAUUAUUUAAGUCAUGCCUUAUAAUGUUCUCAAUUCUAUGAAUUUCACUAUGUUUGUACUGACCCUUGACCCACAGGCCGGCAGACAGCUAUAUUGUAUUUGACGGAGCUGGUACAGCACGGUAGCUUCGCUCUCGUUUAAGGUAUUCCGUCGUGUUGAUUCACACGUCUUUGCAGCUUGAAUUUUAAUAUGAUGGAUACCAUGUUGUGAAAAUAUGGAUGACAGAAUUGUUUAUGUUAGUAUCAAAUGUGGAGUUGUAGACGGUCCUUUUUCGGGGGUGGGGGCGCUAGUUGGAACCAAAACAACGACUGUAUUUCAGGGAUACCUUAACAGAGAGCGCUGCUGCAACCCGUGGCACUGCAACAGUCGUGCAAUAAAUGUAUUCAGCAUUAGACACGUUUCAUACCAUGUUUACUUUAUUUUGACGUGUUUUACACUGUCUUUGUCACCAAGUGCUUUUUUUGCAGAACAGAUGCCAUGCAAAUUGGUGAGAGGAACGAAAUGAAUUUACGCCAAUUGUACUUAAUGCAGGUCAAACAUCAGUGGAAUCUGAAGACAACUUUAUUUGCGGAGUUAUUUGUUUGUUGGUCUGUAUUAUGAUUCUAUAUCUUGAAUCAUUUCACACAGACUCAGCCCGAAUGGUUCCAGAAUCAUUUUGUAAACAUAACGAUCAGAAGCUACUGCGAUUACAGACUUAUUGAGAUAAAUACUUGCGAGGCGUAAUGCAUAUGAUUGACCAAUACUCGUUUACACUGUUAAGAUGUGCUUUCUUUUGCGUUUUUAAAUUUGUGGUUCCGAAUACAAAAUAUUGUCGUCACACUUCGGAUUAUCAUUACAACCUGAACUGUUGUUUCCUAAAACACUAUACGCAAGAUAUGUACCGGAGAGAAGUAGGGGCAUGUUACAAAAUGUGUUUUCGGCAACAAUGUUUUUUUUUAAUGGGAGUGAAACGACAAUCACAUCUAGUUUCGGUAUAUGCAAAUCAAAAGCCAAACAUUCUGUAGGCCCCCUGAAAUAUUUCCUUCAGUAAACCAAUCACGUGAUUUGCAACGGAAAUCUCAAGUUCUGUACUGAACAAAGAUACACCUACGCCUAGAAGGAAAGGGGAUACAAAGCGCAUUGUAACUGAACGCUGUAUGUGCCACUGACCUCCAGGUAGUAAAAUAUUGGCGUGACAUUCUUUCAAAGGGUUUUGGAGGUUGCACUGCCCGCACACCAUACACAUUGUUUCAAGAGAAGAACAAAUCAGCGAAUGAACACUUAAAUAAUCCGUCCAAUGAUAUUCCAGAUUCCAUGAAUAAUAUUUGCCAUGAAUCUAAUGGGAACCAUUUAAUCUAAUUUUGGCUCGGUUGACAUAACUCUUAUUUGAUACCGGGCGGUUUGAUUAUAAUAAAAAUUCGAGGAAUAUGGGAUCUCUUUCGGUAAGGACACCUUUAUUCUAUGAACACAUUUAUAUUAACCUUUACACCUUAACAGAAUGCUUUCCCCUUUUUAUGAGAUACGCAAUUGCGCGCGCGUACAUGUUUAUGAUGGUGCUUCUAUGUUGCAGUGUAAAAAGUUGUAGUGCAAAAUAUUAAAAAUAAUAGUGUUCACGCAAUGAGAGGAAUGUUUAUACUUUGGAUAUAAUCCUUUAUAUACGAGUAUAUAUUGUCUUACUGUUCUUUUCUUAUGUUUUAACUUUGAGGGUUGCCGCUGCAAAUAGCUUUACCAUUCGACAUUUUAGUCGCUAUUUUGGAAUGUAGGCGACAUUGAAGCGCACGUGUGGUAUGUGCAAAAUGCUAUUAAUUUUUAUAUUUGUUUUAUACAGCUCCUUAAAGCCAGCCACAAGAAGAAGAUGAAAAACACGAGUAUUUAAAAUUGCUCGUAGUUUAGUUCUGAGUUUGUGCACAUGGCGCAGAGCUGUCAGGUUGCCCUUACAGUUCACAUACCAAUUACUAAAGCAGUAGAAUCUAUUUACAUAUCAGAAUGCUAUGAUUCAGUAGUCUAAUUUCUGGAAAUUUUACAGGAUACUUGCUCAGAAAGUCUUAUAAAUUGUGGGCAUCAUCCUAGAAUUUCAACAUUUAUUUCAGCUGUAGAUAGGCCUAUUCAAAUGCGUAAAAAGUAAAGUUCAAAACGAGAGCACAGUAUUUGACACUGACACUGCAUUUGCCAGUUAACGAAUCAUGAUUAGUGUUAAAAUCUGUACUGCUCCCAUGCAGACGGGUAGUGAACUAUGCUCUAAAGUGCAGGGAUAGAAUAUCGCGACAGUUGCGCAGAUCUAUAGUCAGCUAGAAUACGACGUGAAAUUUUUUCACUUGAAGUCAUUUUGAAACUUUCGGUCUGUUGGUAUUCUUUUGCAUACCAAGAAACAUUAUUCUAUAUCUUUCGAGGCAUUUUGAUUUGCUUCGUCUCCUUGCUAACUCCUCCUCUCACUCCUUCGUCAGACACCUCCCCUUGCGUUCUGGUAGACUGGCUUUGAAAGAGCUCGUGGACCGAAUCCGACAGAGCUCGUGGACAAAAUUACCACGGAUCAUAACACCAGAUUCACUGCAUUAUCUCUACCAUGGAUAAUAGUCAACGUUAUCUCCACUCACAAACAUAGGGAAACGGAUCCCAUGACGAAGUAAAACAUUAGGAGGAUUGAAUGAGGCGGGGUUUGUGUAAUCUCCGUUGCUAUGGCCUUCGGCAUCGAUUUGUACAGUGGAAACUGCGUGCAUUUGCAGUACAAAAGUAUAAUUUCUAAGCACUUUAUUUCCUGUCGCCACUUUUACAAAGUAAACAUGUUAACUCAAAAAUGUUUAAUUUAUUGUGGUUUGCGGUCCACGAUUGUUGCAUAGAAAAAGAACAGCGAAACUUCAGCACGGUCACGAUACAUUUCUGUUUCUGAUUUGCUAAUACUCUCAAAAAUGGUUUGCCGUUAAUCAAACUAAUAGUGCUUGAACAUCUUUACAUUGACAGCUUUGUAACACUAAGAAAAGCGUUGGAGGAUAAUACCCUUAAAAGUAUCAUACCCUUUGCAUAACAACAGCAAAGAAAAAAAAUCACAUUUCUUGUGUUGCCUGAGGCUUAGCGCAGGCGCUUUGGACGCUUGCUGUCACUGAAACAUUUUUCUUCACAUUGGAAACUGUCACAAGUGACGUCAAUCAUUGAGCGCUGACCAAUUAGAAGGCUCGGUGAUUGUUUAGCUCCACGGGCUGCAGCGCCGACCAUGAAUCUCUAUUCAGUUUCUCAAAGCGUCCUGCUGUUGCCUCUUAAACGAAUGGGAUCCCACGUAGGCACCGAGAUAGAAUCAAAACUUUAAAAAAGUUUUUUUUUGACAUAUUUUUUUUAUUGCGAUUAAAAUAGAUUUGUCAUCAUCAUCAUCAUUAUUAUUUUGCCUGCUGUCAAGUUACUCUAAAAUUAGGAGUAAUGAGCGUGGAUGCUUUGGGAAACCCAAUGGCGGAGCCUGCGUUUUCCAAGCGGAGCACGGCGCUGAGAUUAGUUGACUUGGCGGGGGCUCACCACCACCUCCAUCAUCACCACCAUACCCCUCAGAGCGUGACAGGCAUCCCGGCGUUCAGCAGCCAUCCACACUCAAUGGGUCACGCGCACCCCGGAGAGAUUACUGCAGAACCCCGCCUGGGGCCGAGUCCAUUCGGUCCAGAACACAUGGGGCACUCCGCGGCCCUCAAAAUCAGCCCAGCCCAUCAUUAUCCUCACCACCAUCACCACCACAAUCAUCAUAUGGCAGGCCACAGUGAAGUGGUCUCCAGUCAAACGGAAGCUUUUGGCCCAGUGCAGGCUGCGGCAGUCCCAUACUCCAUGUCUCACCCGGCCCAGGCGCUGUCUGCAGGUAGAGAUUUCCUAAUUCGAAGGGAUUUGGCAGCUCCAGCCAUGCCCGGGCUGAUUGACCAGUCCUCCGCUGCAGCUUCUCACCACGGAAUAUUUGUCUCAACAACAGGUAGCUAUCCCGGACACUAUGGCCACCACCCCGACGCUGGAAACCAUUCCCUCUUCCCUCGCCUCCAUCACGAACAGCCAUCUAACGGAGCGCCAGGUGGUCAAGCACUGAAUGGACAAAUACGGUUGGGAAUACCUGGAGAAAUGUACGUUCGGUCUGAUCACAUGAGUCAAGUGGCAGGCUCCAGGGCUGAAGCGUUCGCUGCCUCGCCUCUGCACGGCUACGGCGGCGUGAAUAUGAGCAUGAACCUAAGCGCUCACCACCACGGACCCGGUGCCUUCUUUCGCUAUAUGAGACAGCCGAUCAAGCAAGAGCUUAUCUGCAAGUGGCUGGAUCCGGAGCACGCGGCGAAAAAACUUUGCUCUAAAACUUACAGCACCAUGCACGAGCUUGUGACGCAUGUUACGGUGGAGCACGUCGGAGGACCAGAGCAGGGAAAUCACAUCUGCUUUUGGGAAGAGUGUCCCCGAGAAGGAAAGCCCUUCAAAGCAAAGUACAAACUCGUUAACCAUAUCAGAGUGCACACGGGCGAGAAACCGUUCCCCUGCCCGUUUCCCGGCUGUGGCAAAGUGUUUGCGAGAUCUGAAAAUCUUAAAAUUCACAAAAGGACUCACACAGGUGAAAAGCCCUUUAAAUGCGAGUUUGAGGGAUGCGAUAGACGCUUUGCUAACAGCAGUGACCGAAAGAAGCACUCCCAUGUUCACACCAGCGAUAAGCCGUACAACUGCAAAAUGAGAGGCUGCGAUAAGUCGUACACGCACCCCAGCUCCUUGAGGAAACAUAUGAAGGUGCACUGCAAGUCUCCACCUCCGAGUUCAGGCUACGAAUCUUCAACUCCGUCUCUCGUUUCACCCUCUUCGGACUCGGGUCGCGAACCAGUUUCCUCCACUCACUCCGAGCCACUGUCAUCUAACCAGGCCGCCAAUUUAAGCGAGUGGUAUGUUUGUCACAGUUCGGGGGCAAGUGGCACCCAGACCCCCCCCAGCAACGCUUCUUCACCUGACCCCGCAGAUGGGCCUCCUUACAGAAACCCCGAGCCAGGGGGGACUUUCUGACCAAAGUUCUAGCUCCGACACACGCUCAACCAGUUUCCCAAAAUUCGAGAAACUGCCUUCAAGUGAUGGUCGAAUUUAUGUAAUCUUCUGCACCAGCACACAGACAAACAUUGUAACUGCCUAAAGUUGUUUUUCGAUAUAAUAAGACCAACUGUACAUGAACUAAUACAAGCUGGGUGAUAAAUUUAGUAUUAUUUCUUAUGACUUAUCAAAAGUGUGUUGCUGAAUUUGAUGUAAAUUAUGUUUAUUUCGCUUUUGUUUCAAUAAUUUAUUUUUCAAAUUUGACAUGGGCAUUAUUUUGUAUUAUCAA